AUGGCGUCAAGUCAUGGCAAAGGCACUCUUUAUACAUUUUCUGGUAAUAUCCGUGGUUAUAAAGCUCAAAUUGCUGCACAAUACAGUGGUGCACAAUUAACUGUUGCGAAUGAUGAUAAAUUCAAAAUGAAUGAAACAAAUCGAUCAGAAGAAUACGUGAACAAAUUCCCAACAGGAAAAGUACCUGCAUAUGAAAAUGAUGCUGGUGUUUAUCUAUUCGAAUCAAAUGCUAUUGCAUAUUAUCUUUCAAAUGAACAACUUCGUGGUAAAACAUUAUCUGAACAAUCGGAAGUUUUACAAUGGACUGAAUAUGCUGAACGUGAAAUAUAUCCAGUAGCAUGUACAUUAGUUUAUCCAUGUAUGGGUAUUUUACAAUUUAAUAAAAAUAAUGAUCAACGUGCUAAAGAUGAACUUAAACAUAUUUUACAAAUACUUGAUGAAUAUCUUCGUACACGAACAUAUUUUGUUGGUGAACGUAUUUCAUUAGCUGAUAUUACACUUGCUUGUGAUUUACUUUUAUUAUUUCAAUGGAUUAUUGAAUCAAGUAUGCGUGAAACAUAUCGAAAUGUAACACGAUGGUUUUUAACAUUAAUUCAUCAAAAAGAAUUUCAAGCAGUUAUUGGUACUGAUAUUAAAUUAUGUGACAAGACAGCACAAUUCGAUGCAAAGAAAUAUGCUGAACUUUCACGUCGUGAUCAUAUACCACAAACUCAACCAUGUCCAAAGAAUUUCUCACAAGCUUCAGGUGAAAAAACUGAAGAAAAGAAAUCAUCGAAAAAAGAAGAAAAACCAGCAAAGAAAGAAAAAGAAACGAAGAAAAAAGAAGAAGUUGAGACAACAGCUGAUGUAGCAGAUGAAACUGAUGAGGUUUAUGCCGAUGAACCAAAACAAAAAGAUCCAUUUGCUGAUAUGCCUAAAUCAACAUUUAAUAUGGAUGAAUUCAAACGUGUCUAUUCUAAUGAAGAUACUGCUGAAAAAGCUCUACCAUAUUUUUGGCAAAAUUUUGAUACUGCUCAUUGUUCAAUAUGGUUUUGUGAAUAUAAAUUUCCUGAUGAGUUAAAACAAGUAUUUAUGACAUGCAAUUUAGUAUCAGGAAUGUAUCAACGCUUAGAAAAAUUACGUAAAAAUGCAUUUGCUAGCAUGUGUGUUUUUGGUGAAAAUAAUGAUAAUACAAUUGCUGGUGUUUGGGUAUGGCGUGGACAUGAACUUGCUUUUGAACUUUCAACAGAUUGGCAAGUUGAUUCUGAUUCUUAUACAUGGAAACGAUUAUCUGUUGAUGAUGAAAAUACGAAAAAAUUAGUUAAUCAAUAUUUUCUUUGGGAAGGUGAACAUAAUGGUAAAAAAUUUAAUCAAGGAAAAAUAUUCAAAUAA